AGUUGACUGGAUACCAUAACCUUUCAGAACCGAUGUUUGUUUACAUUUUACUGUAUUAUUCAGUUAUUAUUAAAAUACAAUGAAUAAACCAGUAAUAAUAGUAAAGAAACAUGAAUUAAAACUAGUAUAUUUUAAUUAAAUAUGUAUUUUAGAAAUUAGAAUUUUAAUAAAUACUAUCUUAAUCAUGAAAAAGGAAAAAACAGGGGAUAAUAUUUGUGCUGCAGAGUGCCGACCUUUUAAAUUAGCCCAUCAAAUCGUAAGCUUAACAGGUAUAAGUUUUGAGAGGAAAAGUAUAAUAGGUUUUGUUGAACUAACAGUAGUUCCUUUGAGGGACAACUUACGUAUUAUCAAACUAAAUGCCAAACAAUGUCGUAUCUACAGGGUGAUUCUAAAUGAUCACUAUGAAGCACAUUUUCAAUAUUUUGAUCCAUUUUUAGAUGUUUGUCAGUCAGAUACUGAAACGAGAAGCCUCGAAGCAUUUUCUCAACAGCAUCUCACCGCUGCGCUAAGAGUGGAUCCAGAUAAUAAUUCUGGAGAACUAAUUGUGACCAUACCUCCAGAGGCAUCACAUCUAGUAGCAGAAGGAACAGCUUUACGAGUUGGAAUUGAAUUUUCUCUCGAAUGCCCACAGGGUGGAAUACAUUUCGUAGUGCCACCCAAGGAGGGAACUUAUGCAGAGAGAGGAGUCCACUUAUUUACAUAUGGCCACCAAAAUUCAUCUCGUUUAUGGUUCCCAUGUGUGGACAGCUUUGCAGAAACAUGUACUUGGAAACUGGAAUUCACAGUAGAUGAGGAACUAACAGCUGUUUCCAACGGAGACCUCAUAGAAGUGGUCUUCACUCCAGAUAUGAGAAGGAAAACCUACCAUUACACACUAAACAUUCCCACCUGUGCGCCUAAUAUCUCUCUAGCUGUAGGACCUUUUGAAAUUUUUGUAGAUCCAUACAUGCAUGAAGUUACUCAUUUUUGUCUUCCAAAUUUGUUACCCUUGUUGAAAGUGACCACAAGGUAUAUGCAUGAAGCUUUUGAAUUUUAUGAAGAAACAUUGUCCAAUAGAUACCCAUAUUCUUGCUACAAACAGGUCUUUGUAGAUGAAACAUAUGAUGAUUAUAGGUCAUAUGCUACUAUGAGUAUUUUGAGUGUUAAUUUGCUGCAUUCUGCUGUUAUUGUAGACCAGGUGUAUAUUACAAGAAGAGUUAUGGCUCAAGCUAUUGCAGAACAAUUUUUUGGAUGUUUUAUUUCAAUGCAAAACUGGUCUGAUAUGUGGCUCAAUAAAGGUAUUAGUCAGUACUUGUGCGGUCUGUACUGUAAGAAAUCUUUUGGUAACAAUGAGUACAGGGAAUGGGUUCAAAGUAAUUUGUUUGAUGUUGUCAAAUAUGAAGAGGAUUUUGGAGGAAUUAUUCUAGAUCCUAGCCAACCGCCAGCACCUUUACCUGUGGGAUCCAAUCAACCGCAAACAAUGCAGAAAACCAAUGAAGAAAAGUUCUAUUUUUCUAUUAGAAAUCUGCAUACUAUGUCGUCAAUGUAUAUAGAUGCUCUUUAUAAAAAGGCAUUCUUAGUAAUGAGAAUGUUGGAACAUAGGAUUGGUUUGGAACUACUCCUUCAAGUAUUCAAUAAGCAACUGUCCUUAGCUACUAACGCUGCUCAACAGAAGAUAGGAAGCGGACUCUGGGGCCAUAUGCUGAUCAGUACAAAUGUAUUUACUAAAGCGAUAUUUACUGUCACUGGUAAGGAUAUGGCCGUCUUCAUUGAUCAGUGGGUCAGAACUGGAGGACAUGCGAAAUUCCAUUUGACAUCAGUUUUUAAUAGAAAAAGGAAUACCAUCGAACUGGAAAUCCGACAAGAUGCAACAUCAUCCUUAGGGAUCCGAAAGUAUGUUGGUCCUCUCUUAGUCACUCUACAGGAAUUGGAUGGUACGUUCAAGCACAGUUUGCAAAUAGAGAACACCGUUGUGAAAUCGGACAUAACGUGCCAUUCAAAAAGUCGAAGGAAUAAGAAAAAGAAAAUUCCUUUGUGUACUGGCGAAGAGGUUGAUAUGGAUUUAAGUGCAAUGGAUGAUUCACCAGUUUUGUGGAUACGUCUGGACCCGGAAAUGACCCUUCUGAGGUCAGUUGUUAUAGAACAGCCUGAUUACCAAUGGCAGUACCAACUUCGACACGAGAGAGAUGUUACAGCUCAAAUCGAAGCUAUAAUUGCUUUGGAGCGGUAUCCCACUCCUCCUACUCGUUUAGCUCUAACUGACACCAUCGAAAGUGAGCAGUGUUACUAUAAAGUUCGAUGUAGAGCGGCCAAUUGUUUAACGAAGGUAGCAAAUGCAAUGGUAGCCAACUGGGCCGGUCCUCCGGCGAUGUUGGCCAUAUUCCGAAAAUUCUUCGGGUCUUUUGCAGCUCCGCACAUAAUUCGACAAAACAGCUUCCAAAAUUUCCAGCACUAUUACCUUCAGAAAACUAUUCCUCUCGCAAUGGCUGGCUUACGAAACACUCUCGGCAUUUGCCCUCCUGAAGUGGUUCGCUUCUUGCUAGAUUUGUUCAAGUACAACGACAACUCGAAGAACAGACAUUCUGAUAAUUAUUAUAGAGCGGCUUUGGUAGAAGCUUUAGGUAAUACCAUAACACCAGUGGUGUCCGUUGUUGCGCAGGGUACUCCGAUAACAGCUGAAAGUCUUAGCACAGAAACGAAGUUGAUCCUGGAAGAGAUCACCAGGCUGUUGAAUUUAGAAAAAGCAUUACCUUGUUAUAAAUAUACAGUGUCCGUGGCUUGUUUGAAAGCAAUAAGGAAGUUGCAAAAGUUUGGGCAUUUGCCAAGUCGCCCGACUCUGUUCAAGAGCUAUGCAGCUUAUGGUCAUUUUAUUGAUGUAAGAUUAUCUGCAAUGGAAUGCUUAGCAGACUUCGUACGAGCAGAUGGUAAAUAUGAAGAUUUGCAGUAUGUGUUGGAUUUCCUAGAAAAUGAUCCAGAUCCUGGUCUCAAGCACAAACUAGCUACUCUCUUGAUUAAGAAUCCUCCGUUCAAAAGAGCACACCGGAGUAAAGUGGACGUUCCAGAUCUUGUAGAAAGAAUAUGGUCCAAUAUAAAUGGUAUGUUAUCCCACGACACAAGACUUCGUUGCGACUUGGUCGACAUUUACUACACGCUUUAUGGAACAAAACGGCCAGUGUGUCUUCCAAUUGCCGAGCUCCACGAUAUCAUGAAUCCCAGCAAACAUGACGGAAGCAAGAAGAUUAAACUACCCCCGAUUCCCAAAACAGUACCACAACCGACUGAACAAGUUAAAAUAAGGACCCCAUCUCCAACGAUACGGGAAAGUACCUCUCAGACUUUGAUAAUGGAAACAGUUGAUAUGGAUAUAGAGGUGGUGGCUGGCGAAGAGAAGAUAGUAGUUAAGGAAGAAGAAAUCAUGGAUAUAAAAAUAGAAUCUUCCAUCGUCCAAAAACAGGAAUACUUCUCCGACAAUUCGGUAUCGUUACCGGGUCUAGGACAAAGCGGUCCGAUCGGUUUCGAACCGGGUAUGUUCAAAAAAGAAGAUGAAGCCCGACAUAAGAGCGAAUCGCCAGGAAAAAUAAAGAAAAAGAAGAAAGAUAAAAAGAAACACAAACAUAAACAUAAACACAAACACGAACAUAAACAUAAGGAUAAAGAAAAAAAGGAGAAGGAUCCGAAUAAGUUAAGGUUGAAAGAAGAUACGCUGAGCUCGAUGAGCUCGACUCCUAGUCCGAAUCCCAUGUCUAUAGGAAGUGCAGAAACAAUUUAACUUGCGGAAGAACGAUAACGGCUAUAUUUGUUACGAAUGUGUCGUACUCUGUAUGUUCUCAAUCAUAUCUUUUUAUAUUAAUCUUUUAAACUUAUUCCGGACUAUUUCAGAUGUCACGAAGAGCGGUGGAGUUUUUUAUUACUUAAUGACACUUUUACGCGCUUAAAUUGAGUGCAUAUCCACGAAUUGUUACCAAAAGUCCGGUCAAGAACUCUUCAAAACAGAUUAGAAUAAUGAAAAGCACAAUAUAAUAUAAGAGCCCUCAAUAUCACGAAUUUGAGUUACAUAAGAUAUUUUUUAAUAAAAGUCACCAAAAUUGUUU